AUGCAAUUCAAGAACAUCCUCUUCGUCUCGGCCCUGGCUCUCGGCGCCUCCGCUGCACCCACCACUGGCAGCAAUGCCACCGACAUUGCCCCCGCCGUGCAGAACCGCUUCGCCCAAAUCGACCUCGGCUACCAACAGACCUACCUCCUCCUAAACCACCUAGUCGAUAACACCAACAAGACCACCGCUGACGACGUUGUUGCUGCCUACAAAGCUACCGCGAACGUUGAGAGCAAGGAUGUCGGCAAGAACCAGCCAACCAAGCCGCUCUCCGAGUCUACCCAGCUGGUUAUCUGCCAGUCUUUCCACUCUUUGGCUCUCACUGGUAUUCAGCUGAACAAUGCUUUCGUCGACAAUGCUUCUCACUUCAACAAGGCGCAGCGCAAUGACUUGCAGACUGCUUUGAGCAAGGUUAACGAUGAGACUGGUCACUUCUUCAUCAAUGUUGCUAAGAAGGCUUUGCCUUACUGCCUUGAUACUCUUCAGACUGAUGAUAAGGCUAUUUACAAGUCGCUUAAUGCUGCUGCUACUGCUCUGGACCCUUCUGAGGCUCUCCUGUAA